AUGUCGGCAGAAUCAUUAAAUCUAUCUCGCGAAAAGAGACGUGCGUUCCGAGCUGGAAAGUUUCCAGAAGACAUCAUAAAGAAAGAUAUGAUUCAGGAGACGACGUACAUUGUCGAUUGUGCAGCUGGUACUCCAAACUAUAAAGAUUUCAAAGUGACAGAGGGCAUGCUUCUCACAAAAGUUCCGAAUGACAUGACACCUCCGCUGGAAUAUUGCGAUCUUCUGCUUAAAAUAAAUGGGACAACUGUGACGUGUAAGAGAGAAAUGCAGGAAGCAUUUUGGAGACUUGCCAAAAGCCAAAAACCCCAUUAUUUAUCAUUGACAAUCCGUCGUAUUAUCAGUGUUACAAGAAUCGAAGAUCGAAAUGUUCCUGCCAACGCUUCUAUCAAAAAACCAGAUCGAACCGAUCCAAAAGAUGAUUCAAUCAAGCCGAAUCGGGGAUAUCUCUACUUCAAAGUAGUGUUGAUAUAUUUUCCACGUAGUAAGCUUGGAAUCAAUGUGAAAUCUUAUGGAGACGUGGUUUACGUGGAAUCCACUGACAAUUCUUGGGGAUCAACUACUCGUCGUUUUCUUUAUCUUGGAGAUGCCAUUCUUAAAAUUGACGACAUUGAGAUUUCAGAUGUUAAAACAACUCAGACAGCCAUUCGUAAAGGAUUUCAGAAAAAUGGAAUUGUAACAAUGAUUAUUGAAAGGGCCACUGAUAAAUUGUCUUCUUCCUUCGUCCGUAACGUGAUCAAUUUCAGUAAAGUCGACCCUUUCAUUCCGAGAGAUGUUGUCCUGACUUGCACUGAACAAUUGGCUCGAUAUGAAAAAGAAGGGUUCCCUGAGCCAGUUCCAAUUUUCCGAGGAUAUGUGAAAGUCUACAAAACUGGAAGAGUAUCUGUAACAGAGACUAUCGAGUUGAAGAAUAUUCGAGGAGAUCUUCUGUUUCCAGGAAGUUUAAUGAAAGUUGCUGAAAUUGAUGAAAAGGGUAGAGAUUAA